AUGGCAAACGAACCACGAGGAGCAUGGGCACGCCCCCGUCCUGCCGCAACACGCACGCCCCAACAAUCACGAUCNCUCAAACGCCUCGCCCGCACCUGCUGCACCAGCCGUGAAACCUGCACCCCCACUGCUCCAGCUCCUGCCGCGCCAGCAGGAAACGUGUGGGCUCAGAGAGCGGCAGCGCAAAAGCCUGCUGCUGCUGUUGCGCCCAAGGCGGCGAAGAAAGAGCAAAGUGUGAAUGCUGGAGUGCAAGAGACGCAACAUGUGUCUGUGAAUAACUUCAAUGAGGGCGAGGUCAAGCAAAUGUUGGCGAAGAGAGAGGCGGGCUCGGUGUAUAAGCCUGACUACAGUGGAAAUGCAUCGAGUGCGCCAAAUGCGGAUGCGGCUUGCAUGGCCAAUGGAAAGAACUUCUGGGCUCAUCUGGAAGAGCAGGUCGCGGCUGCAAAGAAAAAGGAGGGACAGUAA